GAAUUUUUAAAAAUAAAGAAAAUAUCGUCUCCAUUAUUUUUUGUCUACCGUAGACGUCUGCCGGAAGGUUCUGCCGGUGAAAACGGCAUUUAUCCUUUGUUCAAAAUUGGAGCUCCGUCGGUUCCUCCAAAUCUCUUUUACUAGUUCAGAGGGAGGAGGUGUUAGUUUUCAUGUGAUGCCGUCAGCAUGCAAACAGAGUCAUUGGUCUCCUUUCACUCUGAGGUGCAAUAUCAAGAUAAUGUUCCUAUUCAAGUCGGAGCUCCUGAUGUAGCCUCGUCCACCUCUAAUAAUACUGCACCAGAGCAACCUGCUAAAAGGCCAACCCGGAAAUGGGCUGCUUGGACACGUCAAGAGGAAGAGAGUUUCUUUACUGCAUUACGACAAGUUGGGAAGAAUUUUGAGAAAAUUACAUGUCGCGUGCAAAGUAAAAACAAAGAUCAGGUUAGGCAUUAUUACUAUCGUCUUGUGAGGCGCAUGAACAAGCUUUUGGGUCCGCGAUUAUGUUUAGAUGCCAAAAAUUCUAAAGAUACUAACGCAGCAAUGCUUCGCUGGUGGUCUCUGCUGGAAAAGUAUAGCUGCAGAGCCUCAAAACUUCACCUAAAACCACGAAGAUUUAAAAUUUUUGUUGAAGCUUUGGAGCAUCAACUCUUGAAAUACCGGAAGAAGACUGUGAGAAAACGACCCUCUCAAGGGGAGAAUAGUUCCCCUACAUCUCCAACUGAUGUCACAAAUCAGAGUAGGGCUUCAGGACAUGAUGCUCGUACAGUCAGACUGUUUCUUGUAGACGGUCAAAACAUUCAUAAAUUAGGACCUGGAAAAGGGUCAUUUAAGCGUAAUAACAAUGUAGGUGUCAGCCGUAGCAACAGUAAAGGAGAGUCAAAUACCAUGAAACCUGCAAGACAACGGCGGAAACUAGGUACCUCAUCAUCUGCAUAUAAAAAAUGGGAAAAGGCUGCAAUUGCUGCGGUUUCUUUGGUUGCUGAUGCUGCCGAGCAUUUGGAGAGAACGACUAAUGAUAAAGAAGGUGAGCAUGAACAGAAUGAUACAGCAGGUCCAGGGCAUAAGGCUAUUGAUCCAGUUGAAAAUAAUGAACCAACUUUGUCUGCUUUCCCUCAAAAUCCUUUCACAGAGAACAAUAUACAUGCUGCUGGGAAACUUAAGCUCCAACUCUUUCCAAUUGAUGACAGUACUAGAAGAGCCAUGGAAAUGGAUAAACACAAUCCACAUUUAGAACUCACCCUAAGUGCACGGAAGAAGUUAUCAUCAGUAUUAGAGCAUCUAAAUAGAAAAUGGGGAAACUCAAGUAUAGCAUCAGGAGAGCUUAUGCUUUUCCCUUAUGGUAUUCAUAGAGAAAACCAUAGGGGUCAUCAGAGAUGGACUCGAGCAAGCAUCGUCAGUGCAGCAGAUGUAUUUGCAAUGAUUGGAAGCCCCCAAGUAUUUCGGCUAAGGUAUGGUUGGUUUUCUGAUACUGAAGAUGCAUCUAUGUCAUGGCAAGCACCUCUUUCCUCGUCCUGCAUUCCAAGUGUGCAUAAUAUGAAUCUAGAAACUAGGAAUGGCCGAAUUGUUGAAGAAUUACAAGGUGCCUCGUCUACUGGUGAUCAAUGUAAGAGAUAUGAUGAUUGUUGCAAGAUUCAGCCGGUGUUAGUGAAAGAAAAUCAAGCUCUUGAACCUUCUUUAGCUGAUUUUCAUGAUGAGAUUAAUACAUGCAUUAACACUAGUUCUAGAGCUAAUUUCGGGGAUUCCCAUGUCCCUGCAAGAAAUGUAUCAUUAGAUAGAAGUGAGGCUUGCAAUGUUGCUAUCAUGAGACAGUCGGAGGAUAUGAAUGAUCAGAGAUUGAACGGUAGCACUGCUGCAGUAUCUGCUGGAGAAUGGGCUGACAGUCUCACAAACAUAAGUGUCGGAGAUCUUCUUGCAGAUAACUGUGCUGACCAACCUGUUCCAGAAAGCUUGCAAUGUCUUCAGCAGAUUCCUUUCAGCUGUGACUCUUUUGAUGCAGCUAUUGCCGCUCAUAUAUCUAAGCAUCAAAACAACAUGGAGACUCCAUCAUUGGCAUCCCGUGCAUCUUCUAUCUGGGAUGCCGAAGAAACAUGCGAUGCCUUCUUAUUUCAGAAGAAUCCUAAUCCUUGCACGGACAAUGCUAGAUUGUCUGAUGCUGCCUCCCCAUCAGCCUGCAAACAGAUUGCAAGAUCCGGCACACUUACUAGGCUUUUCAUGCAAUCACCUGAUCCAGAGGAGACGAUUGAAGAUAUUGCUUGUGAAGACCUCGUUUACGAGCUUCCAUCUGAUGCCCACAUCAUGGAUACUGCAGAAAAGGAUUUCAAUGGGCUGACCGACAUUUAUUGGCCCAACUCUUUAGGACCACUAGAACUCGAUGCACCAUCGCGUAAGUAUCAUAAUGAAGAUUUGAUUCUAAGUGACAGCCUUGGAAGUUUGAACCGUCUAAUAGCCAGCAGUCUGGAUGCAUUUCAAAAUUGCUCGUUUUUCGGGUUGGACAAGAAAGAAUCAGCAUCAACAGUUGAAGCUCGGGACACUACAUCCUCGGCUUUCAAAAUUGGCAGUGAGGGUUGAAAAUCUCCAUCGAGUUCUAUACCGGGAUGACAGUAAUCGAGAGUUGGAUUUUGUCGUUGGAAAACCUUUUGAAUACUGUGAUUAAUAACAAGUUUGCAUGACAGGAGAAGCCUGAGUUUAUUAGAGGAUUUCCUCCUGACCCUAACGAACGACCCUCAUCGACUUGUACAAAAAACCAAAGCACUUCACUUUGUUUAUGAUCGGAGAAUCGACCAUGGAACUCAAAAAAGAGACAGGGUGAGCCGUUCUAUUUGCAACCACUUGCACUAUCAUCAAUAUAUCCAUAUAACUAACAUGACACAAAUAUUGUUGUUUCUUCGUUGGUCUCAUCAAUGACCUAUCGACGUCUAUUCUUAGCGAACGAAUGCUGUUUUUUUUAUGAUGCUGUUUUUUUUUUUAUUAUUAUUUUAUUUUAUAAAUCUAAUUAGAUUACAUGUUCUGCCAA